UUUACUGUUCGUCUGUUCCCUUUUAUUAGAUCAACUCAACCAAACAGCUCGCUCUCUAGUCGGCGCGUCGCGGCCGGUGAUUAAAUUAAUUGGACAGUAUGUUUCAUGUCUUUAGGGAUCAACGGAUUUUUCUUGCGGUCAUUCUGGUUGCAGUUUACUGUCUACACAUUGGGAAAGCUCAAUGCGCACUAGAAAAUCGAGUGUAUCAACCGGGAGAUACUUUCACGCAUGUGUGCGAGUGUGCUGCCGAUCGGUUUACUUGCCGACAAGUCGAAGACUGCAACAGCUCAACAACAACACCAACAACACCUGUGCUUGUGCAACAGCCAAUCGAAAAUUGUCAAGAACCAAUUAUUACCAUCACCACAGUCGUGUACACAAUAGGAAGAGCUAGUGGUGACGUCAGGUUGAUAUGCGAGGCUCGAGGGUUUCCAAGACCAAAGAUCACUUGGACACCAUUACGAGACCCUCGCAGAUUCACAACCAAAGGCAACGGAAUACUCAUCAUCAAAAUGUUCGUUUCAGGAGACAGCAGAACUUAUACUUGUACAGCAAUAAAUCAAUGUGGCAACGACACAGUCAAAACAAGACUUAAAAUUAGAGUUGAAGCUGUAGAUCCACCACCAACUACACCAGCACCUGUGCGUGUGCCAGAAGAGCCAAUCGAAGGUUGUGAAGAACCAAUUAUUACCGAGUCUUACAACGUAGUCAGGUACACAGUAGGAAGAGAUACCGGUGACGUCAGGUUGAUAUGCAAGGCUCGAGGGUUUCCAAGACCAAAUAUCACUUGGACACCAUUAGGAGCCCCUCGCAGAUUCAGAACCAAAUGCAGCGGAAUACUCAUCAUCAAAAACCCCGUUCCAGGAGACAGCAGAACUUACACUUGUACAGCUACAAAUGAGUGUGGCAACGAAGCAGUCAGCACAACAGUUAUUGUUGAUGAAGAAGAACCAGUUGCCCCACCACUUGUGUUUUGUCCCCCAUUUCAAAGUUUUCCUAAUGGUGAUGUGGACUAUAACAAUGAAAAUAGGGCAGUUGGUACACAUGCUGAGUUUUAUUGUGAUCUGGGAUAUGAACUGACUGGUCCACCAAAAGCUGUCUGUCUUGCUAACGGAGAAUGGAACGUAACAACACCAGAGUGUCUGCCUUCGCAGACAUGUCCUCAACCUAGACAUCCAGAGAAUGGUAAAGUGAUAUACCGAUGGCCUGUUAAUAGGCCUGGCAAUAGAGUCAUUUAUGCGUGCAACAAGGGAUACAGCAACACUGGGGCUUCUUUUCAAACUUGCAAAGAGAACUUCAAAUGGUCUAAGAAGGAACCGAAAUGUCGUCGGAAGAUAGGUCGUCUACCAAAUUGUGGUGACCCGGGAGAUAUCAAAGACGGAUUCAGGCGUACUGUAGGUUCAACUGUCUACUAUUACUGUAACCAAGGAUAUUAUAUCUCUGGAAUCUUCUUUAUUACUUGUGGAAGGAAUGGACUGUGGUCAGAUUUACCACCAACAUGUGAAAUUGAAUUUGAACAUUUGGAAGACAUUGAAAGGAAGUUUAGGAGGGCAACGGAUCUAGAUGGCGACGAUGGUUUGCCUGUCGACCCAUUGGGUUCGGGUCAGAUAGCCAUACCCAACUCAUACGUGCAGCUCGGCUUCGUUUUAGACAAGUCUGGCUCGGUAAGCAACAACGACUUUCGGUUAGGUCUCGAGUUUAUCAAAGAGAUUGUUGAGACGUUUGAAAGCAAGCACAGCAAAGUGAUCGUUACCAUUAUCACGUAUAGCAAACAUGCCGAAGUGGAAGCGAACGGUAUCAAUGGAUCAGAAAUCUUUCAAGUCGUGAAAAGCGUCAGACGCAAAGUAUACGGACCGACGGCUACUCGACGUGGACUAGACAUGGCAAGAGAUACUCUACUCGUCAACAGGUCGAAUUACUAUCAAUGCAUUCCACCAAGGCCCUUAGACAAGGACUAUUACACACAUCUGUACCCUUGUCCUAAAUGUGUCAAAACCGGCUAUCGUACUCUUCUCUUUUUGAUAACCAAUGGUAAAUCCAAUUGGGCUGGAGAUCCUCGUAAGGCUGCUCAGUGUCUAAAGGAUAACGACGUUGAGAUAUUUUCUGUCGGUAUCACGUCUUCUGUCAACAUACAAGAAUUGAGGGAUAUCGCUUCCGAACCUCUGUCCGACCAUCUCCAUCUAAUUCGAUCGUUUGACGACGCUUUGAAGAUGAUCAAGGUCGAGAAGAAGAGAUUCAAGUGACGAGACGCGACAGUUUGUUGAUGUAGUAGUGACCAGAAAUGGCUGAGACAGCUUAGCGUGCUUCGAUUGUCUGUAGUGCUUUCAUAGUUUGUGUGAUCGUCUCAAAAACGACUGGCUUCUUGUUCAAUAGAGAAGCUCGUAUGCGUUAUGACAAA